AUGGCUGCCUCUGAUAACCAUUGUCGAUCAAACAGCUUGCCCUCUAAACCGCACCCCCUUAUUCUGCAAUGCAACGAACACUUGUGCAGAUUAGAGGCUUCUACUCCUACAUCUUUAUCAUCUUCUUCCUCUUCAUCGUCCUCAUUUAGCCAUAAACUAAGUGGCCUUCAGGAUUUGCAUGAAGCUGUUGAAAAGUUAGUUCAACUUUCCAUUACUCGAGAAGUACUUGUCCAAGAGAGUCAAGAAAAUUGGGUUGAAAAGCUCUUGGAUGGAUCUCUUAGGCUCCUUGACGCGUGCACUGCAGCCAAAGAUUCAUUGUUGCAUACAAAGGAGUGUGCGAGGGAACUUCAAUCAAUCAUGAGAAGAAAAAGAGGAGGUGAAAUGGAGAUCACUGUAGAGGUCAGAAAAUACUUGACCUCUAGGAAGGUAGUCAAAAAGGCAAUCUCCAAAGCCUUGGGAAAUCUGAAGAGUGCUUCAAAUAAGUGCAAGCUUUCUCCUUCGCACAAGGGUCAACAAACUCCAGAAUUGGCGAGCCUAUUUAAAGAUGUGGAAAUAAUUACUCUUCAGAUUUUGGAGUCAAUGUUGAGUUUUAUCUCUGCAUCAACACAGUCAAAGCCAAGCAACUGGUCUUUGGUUUCCAAGCUAAUGCACAACAAAAGGAUUUCUUGUACACAAGAAGCAUAUGAGAAUGAAUUUGCCAAAGUAGAUUCUGCAUUACAAGCCUUUGUGUUCCACACAACAAGAAAGUCAGAGAAUAUUGAUAAUUUGCAGAAUCUGUUGGAAGAAUUGGAGUUGGUGAUUCAAGACUUUGUGGAAGGACUUGAAAAACUUUUCAAGAGAUUUAUCAAAACUAGAGUUGCCCUCCUUAACAUUCUCAAUCACUAG